AUGAGCAACCUCGGCGGCACCCUGCGCUCCGUUGACUGGGGCACCCAAAAGCUGUCCCACUUCGAGAAGAACUUCUACGUCGAGGACAAGCGCGUUACCGCCCGCUCGGAUCGCGAGAUCGAAGAGUUCCGCAAGCUCAAGGAGAUGAAGGUCCAGGGCCGCAACGUGCCCCGCCCCGUCACCUCCUUCGACGAGAUCGGCUUCCCGGAGUACAUCAUGAGCACCAUCCGUGCCCAGGGCUUCCCGAACCCUACCCCCAUCCAGUGCCAAGCGUGGCCUAUGGCGCUCAGCGGACGCGACGUCGUCGCUAUCGCCCAGACCGGUUCGGGCAAAACGAUCUCUUUCGCCCUCCCGGCGAUGCUCCACAUCAACGCGCAACCCCUCUUGACGGCUGGCGAUGGCCCUAUCGCUCUCAUCCUCGCGCCCACCCGUGAGCUGGCUGUGCAGAUCCAGCAAGAAUGCACCAAGUUUGGAUCUAACUCGCGCAUCCGCAACACUGCCAUCUAUGGUGGCGCUCCGAAGGGCCCGCAAAUUCGUGACCUCCAACGCGGUGUUGAAAUCGUGAUCGCUACCCCCGGUCGUCUCAUUGACAUGUUGGAGUCGGGCAAGACGAACCUUCGUCGUGUCACUUACCUUGUCAUGGACGAGGCAGACCGCAUGCUCGACAUGGGUUUCGAGCCGCAGAUUCGCAAGAUUGUCAGCCAGAUCCGUCCGGAUAGGCAGACGCUGAUGUUCUCAGCCACAUGGCCCAAGGAUGUGCAGAAGCUCGCGAACGACUUCUUGAAGGAUUUCAUCCAGGUCAACAUCGGCUCGAUGGAGCUUACCGCGAACCACAAUAUUUCGCAGAUAGUGGAGGUCGUCAGCGAUUUUGAGAAGAGAACGAAGCUCAUCAAACACCUCGAGCAAAUCUCUCAGGAGAACGCCAAGGUCCUCAUUUUCGUCGGCACUAAGCGUGUGGCCGACGACAUCACGAAGUACCUCCGUCAAGAUGGGUGGCCGGCGUUGGCCAUCCACGGAGACAAGGAGCAACGUGAGCGUGAUUGGGUCUUGAGCGAGUUCAAGGCAGGACGUUCGCCCAUCUUGAUUGCUACGGAUGUAGCGUCCCGUGGACUUGACGUGAAGGAUGUCCGUUACGUCAUUAACUAUGAUUUCCCCAACAAUUGCGAAGACUACAUCCACCGUAUCGGCCGUACAGGACGUGCUGGCAUGACGGGCACGUCUUAUACCUACUUCACGACCGACAACGCUAAGCAGGCCCGCGAGUUGAUCGGCAUUCUAAGGGAAGCAAAGGCGCACGUCCCUCCACAACUGGAAGAGAUGUCCAUGUUUGGCGGCGGUGGCGGCGGUCGGAGUCGCUACGGUGGCGGUGGUGGUGGACGUGGACGUGGCGGCGGCGGUGGUGGCGGCCGCUUUGGCGGCGGACACGACAACGGGUACGGUGGGCGGAACAAUGAUCGCUGGUAA